ACCAGUAUUACUAAUAAUAUUUACUGUAAUUUUACUUUCUUUUUUAAACUAAAGGAGCUGUAUGCAAGUGGUUAUAAAGCAAAUGGACACAAAGGUAAUCAUAAUCGUAAGUGGAGAAAAUCUAACGUUUCAAAACACUGACUUUCCCACGAAGCUGCUUAAAAGCGAAAGCAACAUUAGACUUGUGUAAAUCUACACAUCUGUCAGAAAGCAUCACAUUAUAUUCAUGGGAAAAGUUGUUCGAACUAUCACAGCAUCUGUUAAGAAAAAAGAGCAGCAUAUUUAGUGAAGCAUAUGUCCUCAUACGCUUGUCCCACGCUGUGUAAAAAUAAAACUAGACAGCAUCGGUGUAAUGGUGAAAAAACCUAAGCUUCAAACACGAAGGUUGUCGGUCUGUUCAAAGACAAAUAAUUACAGCACAGCGGAAAUGAAAGCUGAUACGAGGCAUGUUGUCAAACAGUACAUUUGUAUUAUUUCUUAUCAAAGUAAUGGGAAUCGGACAAAUCAGAAUGGCUAAAUGAGUCUGUGUAAACCCUCCACUCCUUUCAUUUCUCACACCCUUCUCCAACAAAACUCUUCCUACUCUAACGAUUCAUUCCUCAAUAUGGCAUGAGUUUAAAAAGAUGCAGACUUUGAGAAAUGGAGAAAAAUUAUAACAAACUGUCUAUUUGAGUUUCUAUCAUCCUGUUGCCAUAGCUACAGCUGUCAUAUGGAUUGGUCUCUAUACAAGCCUGGUUACUGUUUAACCUCUCCACCCACAUUUGCCCAGAUUAGGAAAAUCAAUAAGAUAACAGGAGUACCGGCCUUACCUUGCGCCAACAACACCUUCACCAGAAACACAGAGGACUGUGCAAAACUUAUAUGUGUUAAUUCUUUAUCAUCUUUCACUCUUAAUAGAGCAAAAUCAGUAAAACGCAGUGUUAGGGGACAAGAGAGAUACCAUGGUCAAUGUGAACGCUCAGGCCAGCACCCAUAUGGAUCCACCGUACGACUCCUCGCCAGCUGAAAGUGCCAAUAUGAACGUUGCCAAUCACUUAGGGGCUGGCACCCUAUGCGCCAUCUGUGGGGACCGGGCCACAGGAAAGCACUACGGCGCCUCAAGCUGUGACGGAUGCAAGGGGUUCUUCAGACGCAGCGUGCGCAAAAAUCACAUGUAUUCCUGCAGAUUUAACAGACAGUGCAUAGUGGACAAAGACAAGAGAAAUCAGUGCCGGUACUGCAGACUAAAGAAAUGUUUUCGAGCUGGGAUGAAGAAGGAAGCUGUGCAGAACGAAAGAGACAGGAUUAGCACCAGAAGAUCCAGCUAUGAAGACAGCAGCUUACCCUCCAUAAACGCACUCAUUCAGGCUGAUGUCCUUUCUAGACAGAUUUCAUCACCUGGUCCUAUCUUGAACGGUGACAUCAGAACGAAGAAGGUAGCCACUAUAACGGAUGUGUGUGAGUCUAUGAAACAGCAGCUGCUGGUGCUGGUUGAGUGGGCUAAAUACAUCCCUGCAUUCUGUGACCUUCCCCUGGAUGAUCAGGUGGCUUUACUGAGAGCUCACGCUGGAGAACAUCUCCUGCUAGGAGCUGCCAAACGCUCCAUGCUGUAUAAGGAUAUUUUAUUAUUAGGUAAUGAUCAUAUAAUUCCUCGUAAUUGCCCCGAAUUGGAGGUGAGCCGUGUGGCUGUAAGGAUCCUUGACGAGUUAGUCCUUCCCUUCCAGGAUCUCCAGAUCGAUGACAAUGAAUAUGCCUGUUUGAAGGCCAUUGUAUUUUUCGAUCCAGAUGCCAAAGGUUUAAGCGACCCAAGCAAGAUCAAACGCAUGCGAUACCAAGUUCAAGUUAGUUUGGAGGACUACAUAAAUGACCGGCAGUACGACUCGCGAGGACGGUUCGGCGAGCUGCUACUUCUGUUGCCUACGCUACAGAGUAUCACCUGGCAAAUGAUCGAGCAAAUCCAGUUUGUUAAAUUGUUUGGAAUGGCAAAGAUAGACAACCUGCUACAAGAGAUGCUUCUAGGAGGUUCUGCUAACGAAGCUCCUCAUGCCCAUCAUUCUCUACACCCACAUCUGGUCCAGGAGCACCUCAGUAACAAUGUCAUAGUCACCACAAACAUGGCCACUCCAAUUCACAAUGGCCAGAUGUCCACUCCAGAAACUCCAAUCCCAUCUCCCCCGACGGCCUCAGGCUCUGAUCAUUACAAAAUGGCUCCAGGGGUUAUAGCCACAGUGCCCAAGCAGCCAAGCUCCAUCCCUCAACCAACCAUUACCAAACAAGAGGCCAUCUGAGCGCACAGAGAAAUGCAGAUCAAGUUAUUUAAUUUGGUAUUAUGAAUAGGCUGUGCUAAGUGUGACAAAUCAUUCUCACAGGCAUCUGGACAUAGUAACGCUGACAUUUAUAUUCACUGGCUGUUAAAUUUAAGGUUCUUAGUGUAAGACACUGUGAAAUUGUUCAGAAUUUCCUAUUUUAAGAACUUUAGACUAAAAUAAUUGAGUUAUAUAUAUAUAUAUAUAUAUAUAUAUAUAUAUAUAUAUAUAUAUAUAUAUAUAUAUA